CUAGGUGCCGCCGCCGUCUCCUCAGCAGCGACAGGUGCGCGGUGCUGGUCCCGGUCGCCGCCCGGCACAGAUCUUUCUGCUUUCACAAGAUGGAGCCAUCUCCAUUUAACAGAAGACAAUGGACUUCACAGUCUGUGAGAAUCACUGCCAAAGAGCUUUCUCUAGUCAACAAGAAUAAGUCAUCAGCUCUCCUUGAGAGGUUCUCCAAGUAUCAGAAAGCAGCCGAAGAAGCUACUGCAGAGAAAAAAAGAAAUAACACAGAAAAUCUUCCUCCUCAUUUUAAAAGGGGGACUCUGAGUGUGUUAAAGAAGAAGUGGGAGAAUCCAAUAUUGGGAACAGAGUCUGGGACAGAAACCCUACAAAGCAACUGUACUGAGGUUAGGCAGAAGGUUCCCAGCCCCAGUGUUGGAGUAGAAACCAACCCUGCUUCUGAAGCAGAAACUGACCAAACAUCAAGGGUCUAUACUAAAUCUCAACUCCGAUCGCCUUCUGGAGCCUUUGACCAAUUGAAAUAUCCAAGUGUUGACAGCAAGGAGUCUAAGAUCUACUCAUUGGAAAGUGAUAAAAUGGAAAAUUGUGUAAGAGAAUCCAGACAAGAAGUAGGCAAACCUGAGACCAGUGAAAACCCGGACUCUUCGGGGAAGAUAGAGAAAUAUAACAUCCCACUAAACAAACUAAAGAUGAUGUUUGAGAAGGGCGAUGCAACUCAAACAAAGAUUUUUCGGGACCAGAGUAGGACUGCAGGUAGCAGGAGAAUCUCUGAAAACAGCUUCUCUUCAGAGGACCUUGACAUCUGCUCUGGAGAGAGGAGCCACAAUGCUUCAGGUUGCUCUCCAACAUUCAGCCCAGACAAGCCAGAGAGUAGAAGAAACCUGGAGAUGCCUCACCUAACAGAAACUUCAAUAAAGGAUAGACUGGCAAAGUACCAGGCAGCUGUGUCCAAGCAAGGCAGCUCCACAGGCCACGUGAAUGAGAUUCAAGCCAGUGACAGUGAAAUCAAGAGUUACAAAUAUGAGCAGAAGGAGAAUGUGCCACCAAGUCCUGAGGACUCCGUUUCCCAUCAGGAUGGGGAUAAGGUUUUCUUCAGGGAGAAGAGUCUGGGUUUCCACUCCAAUCUUUCUGAAGAUGGCACCAUUGAACUAAACUCGCAGAGUGAGACUGAAGCCAAGAGACGUGUCUACACAAAACAGCAGAGCUCUGAUUCCAAACCAGCCAACCAGACUGACACCUCUCCACCAAAAGUAGUGAAGAAGUUUCAGUUGCCAGUGAAGGAAACCUGUGUUGCGUGUCAGAAGACAGUGUACCCAAUGGAACGUCUCUUUGCCAACCAGCAGGUGUUUCAUAUCAGCUGCUUCCGCUGUUCACAUUGCAAUAGCAAACUCAGUCUUGGAACAUAUGCAUCUCUACGUGGGAAUAUUUAUUGCAAGCCUCACUUCAAUCAGCUCUUUAAAGCCAAAGGCAACUAUGAUGAAGGUUUUGGGCACAAACCGCACAAGGAACUAUGGGUAAGCAAAACUGAGAAUGAAGAAUCCCUGGAGAAAUCUGCCCACACUGUAAAUACAAUAGAAGGCCCUCAAAGUCCGGGAGUAGAGGAUGCCCCAAUUGCAAAGGUGGGAGUUCUUGCAGCUAGCAUGGAAGCAAAAGCUGCAGCUUUGCCUGGAAGGGAAGAGAAACCAGCAGAAACAAAGAAACUGAGGAUUGCCUGGCCACCUCCAUCAGAGCUAGGUAGUCAAGGAAGUGCAUUGGAAGAGGGUAUCAAAGUAUUUAAGCCAAAGUGGCCCCCAGAAGAUGAGGUGUCGAAGCCAGAUGUGCAGGAGGAUGUGGACCUGGAUCUCAAAAAGCUACGAAGAACAUCCUCACUGAAGGAAAGAAGCCGUCCAUUUACAGUAGCAGCCUCAUUUAGAACAAUGUCUGUUAAGGGCCAUAAAACAGAGAACGUAUCUUCUCCUUCCAAAGCAGAUAAGGUCACAUUCAAACAAAAUGAAGAACUAGAGAGUGAGGCAGUGAUGGAAAGAAAGCGAAUGGAAAAAAGAGCUGAGAAUGGGAACAGCCAGAACACUGAAGAGAAGAAUAAAGAACUGGAGGAAGAAAGAGGAAGGGAAGUGUCUGAUAUCAAGGCAGACAGGGAAGAGAACUUGGUACAGAAUGGUCAGGUGGGUAUGGAGACAGAUGAGGAAGAAAACGCCACAGUGCAGCAGCCAUCUCCAAAUAAAGAAAUAUUUGACUCCAACUCUCCUAAACAUUUCAGCUUAUUGAACAUGGUCCCUGCUAAGGAAUUAUCCCCUAGCCAGAAUAGCAAAUCCAAAGAUGUUGUGUUCUGGGAAGGUGAAGAUGUGGAAGAUUUGUCUGUGGAAGAACAGAUCAAGAGGAAUCGUUACUAUGAGGAAGAGGAUGAAGAUGAAGAAUAAAUUGGUCUUUCACUAGAAACUUGCUGCAAGGUGCUGGGCCUUAAAUUGGUGUAUUAGCUUUUAACAAGCAGCUGCCCUCUGUGAAAGUGAUGCUAUCCUGCACGUUGACACAUUAGGGAACAACAGAAUGUACAGAUAUGAGGUAGAAAAGUACACUAGAAACCUGCAA